UCCGGGAAACCUGGGCGGUGUUGAAGUCUUGGUCUUCUUUUCUCACAGUUGCGAGACUUCCUGUUGGUCUACAAUCGGAUGACAGAACUAUGUUUCCAGCGCUGUGUGCCCAGCCUGCACCAUCGAGCUCUGGACGCCGAGGAGGAGGCCUGUCUGCACAGCUGUGCUGGGAAACUCAUCCAUUCGAACCACCGCCUCAUGGCCGCUUAUGUGCACCUCAUGCCCGCCCUGGUCCAGCGCCGCAUCGCUGACUACGAGGCUGCCUCAGCCGUGCCAGGUGUUUCUACAGAACAGCCCAGAGACUCGUCAUCAGGCAGCUAGCCAUCGCUGGCUCCAGGAGAGCAGGAAGACAAAAAUUUGCUGACCAGGAGCUUCCCUGUAGAGUGACCUCGUGUCUACAUGAUAAAAUUCACUCCUUGACAAGUAAGUAAAGCAACUUGGGAACUU